AUGGUGGAUCUUUCCAUAAACUACUCAUUCUACACGGUUCCAAUCGCCUUUACUUUAUGCUGGCUGCCCGCCGCGUAUGGCCAUACUCUGGCCGGCAAGAAUUUCGACGAAACCAAUCCGCGACAUACGCAGGCGGCUGUUCUCAAAGAUGACACGAUGGACAAGGCUCGCCAGCAACGCAUCACCCGAGCCCUCAGCGCCAUGGAAAACGGCUUCGAAUCGCUGGGCAUGUUCGCCGGGGCCGUGGCGGCGGCCAACUGCGCAGGCGUGGACGUCUACACACUCAACCUGCUGACGAUGGAGUAUGUCUUGUCGCGGGCGCUGUACAUCUUUGUGUACGUCGUGUUGUGUGCGGACGGGAGGCUGUCGGUGCUAAGGACGCUGUCGUGGCUGCUGGGGGUUGUGAGCAUGCUUGCGCUAUGGGUGUUGGCUGGGAUGAAGGCUGGUGAGUAG